AUGGCGAAGAGAGAGAUUAGUAGCACUCUGAGAAAUCUUAAGUUUAUGCAAAGGUCUGCUUUGAAAGAGGAGAAGAAGAAUAAGAAGAUUGAUGAAGAAGAGCCUAAUGCGAUUUUUACUUCCACUAGUACUGUUAAAAAGAAGUGUGUGGUCAUAACAGACUGGGAUCCUCAGCCAGGAGCGUCUUUAGGACGCGUGUCAUUUCAGUCUUUCAACCCUUCUAUCGAGAAACUGAAUGAAGAAGCGAUAAGCGGUCCAAAAACAGAUGCUUCUCCCACUAGCUCUAGCUGUAAUGGAGGAAGAAUGUCUUUUAGUGAACCCAAGAUUGAGACAAGAAGGGAAACAAAUGGUGACUUGAAAAGGAAACAGUCUGAGGAACAAAACCAUCCAAGCAAGUCACUCAGGAGCAAUGAGAAACCACCACCAAGCAACCAAAAAGGCAAUGGUUUCAAGAAACCCAAGAGCAGGCAACCAAAACCUCAAACCAAACAUUAG